AUGCGACCUGUGUCGCUCCUCCCGGCGUUCCUGAGCCUAUCGAGCGCCCUCGUCACUGCUCCACUCCCGAUCAACAGUACAGCGCCGAUCAAAAAUGCAAACCACAUUUUCAAUGCCAUCCAAGACUCCAUGCGCCAAUGGGGCUCUUCCCUCCACCACAACGGUGUGUCAUUCUUCCUCGCCCGCGUUCCCGCUGGCACCGAGUUCUACCACGGAACUUCCGAGGCCAACCCAAUAAACGGCACCCAAUGGUUGGCUUUCGAGCCUGAACAUGCUAUGGUCUUCGCACGUCCACACCGUGGACCUCCACCCCCGCACGAUGAUGAUACCGAGGAACACGGCCAUGGGGAGCUGCGCAAGCGCGAGCAUGGCGAGAACGAGAAAUUUCCCGGCCCACCACACGGUCCGCCGACGGAGGCCUCGGAGGAUGCUACUGGGUACUUACACACUUAUGCUGCUGCUAAGGAUCUUCGUCUUCUGUAUCUUGAUGGAUCCCCCCGUGGCGGUCGCCAAGAGACUGAGCGGGCUAGAUUUGCUUGUGAGCUCGCCGAGAAUGAAUGGGAAGGUCGCAUUGAUGGUGUGCUCCGCAUGGAGGCUGGCUUCGAAAUCAUUCUCUGUCAGUUCGAGCGCGAUCUGACUCCUGUUCGGAUCACGCAAGUUAAACAGGAUACCAUGCGGGGUGGACCUCAUGAUGGACCUGGACCCAAGGAUGACCGUAAGCAUGGUAGGAAGGGUGGAUCUGGACCUAAAGAUAACCGCAAGCAUGGCGAGCAUGGUGAUUCCCGCAAGCAGGAUGGGGGAAAACACCAUGAUGGCCGUGGUCCUCAUGAGGACGACAAGAAGCACCGCGAAAGUCAAGGUCCGCGUGAGACUGCCCUUGAAGAGCUUCUUAGGUCCCGCAAUGAUAAAAUGCGUUACGACGCUCGCCACCCUCGCCUGGGUAUCAAUGGCGAGUACCGUGAUGGCCAUGGUCCACACAGCCAAGAUGAUGGCAAACCGCACGGCCCUGGUGGCCCAGGUGGCCCAGGCGGACCGGGACAUGGACCUGACUCAUCAAGAUGGAUGCGGGCUGUGACUGCUCGCUACAACGGCAUCGGUGGCAACAGAGUAUCUCUCAACUUCGAUCACUUCGUGACAGCCUUCUCGCACGACGGUGACCUCUUCCAAGAUGGCACACGUCACCCUCGCCUAGCGAACCUUUCUGACGAGCAGCUCGCCGCUAUUCGCGAUGAAGUGACUGACAUGAUCAAGUUCUACCACCCAGCCGAAGUCUGCGAGGAUUGGCAAGCGAUUUCCGAUAUGAUCAUUACCCGGUACAGCAAUGAGCUGUCGUAUCUUGCUUCCGGCAAGGUUGAGUCAAUGGAGCGCCUGCAAGACGAGAUCGAGCGUUUGAUGUCUCCGUUCAUUGAUUUCGGCAACCGCGAUUCUGAUGUUGAGAUUGAGCGCUGCACGACGCAGUUCUUGCCGGCGCAGGCUUUGGAGGGUGGCACGCUUGCCGCUGGCGCUGUUUACGGGGUUGCGCAGAAGAUUUGCUCGAGCUUGGUUGAGGCUCAGGGUCUGGGCGGUUUGAAAUCUGCGGUGCAGGUUAUUCGCGAUCUUGUGGUUUACCUUGAUUGGACUACGUGGAAGCAGUGCAAGGGCUGUGAGGCGAAUGAGAUUUGUGUGGUACCUAUUUGGCCUAUGGGAACUGUCGAGGAUUAUGAGAACCCGAAGUGUAGGGAUGCUUCUGAUCCUUACCCACAGGGUGGGGAGAGCUACUGGGGUGGUAUGCACCCUUAA